AUGGCCUGUAGCAAAGUAUCAACUUUGAAAUUUGUAGGGGUUGUCUCUCUGGGUUUGCAGACGGGCCUCUCCUACACAUUGAGCGUCCUCAUACUUCCGUUGCUUUCAAGUCUCCCCCCUUCAGCUUCUGGAUCCAGGCUAUUCAAAAAUCUUACGACAAUAUCGCUGUGUCACUUUCGAGCGCUAGCUAGCGUUUCCUCGUCAUGUUUUCUGCUUGCUCACUUUUUGUCACCACGCGCGCAAAAGCACCCUUAUCUCCUCUGGACUACAGCCUUAAUAGGCAUCUCUUUCGCCGCUGAUAUUUUCCCUGUUGCGUUGGACAGCAAAGAUAUUAUAGCAGUAACAGGUCUUAAACACUGUUGUAAAUCUGAUGACCAGAUUCAGGUACAAGAAAUAUUACAAAUGGACGCAAGUUAUGAAGUUCUUAACCCAGACGACCAGAUAGUCAAAGAUUGUGAUGAGAUUGAAACAACAAGCCACAUGGAAGACUACAUGCUAUCUCAGCUCAUCCGAACAUCUAUAAUGGCAGCAGGAUUUGCCAUGAGUGUUGUGGGAAUUUGGGGUGAACGUUUUGGAAAUUUAUCACUGAGCAGAGUAACGAAAUGA